CAUGUCCAAAGGACCAAAUGGAUGGAACUCUCUCUCUCUCUCUCUCUCUCUGCGUGUGAGCAUGGAACUCUCCAAACAUAAGCAAGUCUAUCCUUCCAUUACAUUCAAGGUCCAAACAUAACCCAUAGCUAGCCUAGCUCUAGGUACUUAAUUCCUUAGAAACUUAUUCCUUGGGGAACCGUUGUCAUGCAUGGACGAACUCCCCCCUCCACUCAUGACUCAAAACAUUAACAUUCCGAUCUCCUACUCACUUCCAUCGCCUCCACAUCUAAUGCAAGAACCCAGACUAAUGCAAACUGAAACAGCCUCAGACAUCGACUGGGUUAGCCUUCUCUCAGCUAGUCCCAACUUCAAGUUUGACAACCAAAAUCCCUCAUCAACAAGCAAGCCCCUAACGGCUGAGAAUGGAGUAGGCCGUGAAAAUGGCAGUACUAGACAUAAAGGAAGGGUAAGCAGGACAAAGAAAACCAUUCCACAGAGGAUUGCCUUCCACACGAAAAGCCCAGAUGAUAUUCUAGACGAUGGAUUCAAGUGGCGGAAGUACGGGCAGAAAGCUGUGAAGAAUAGUAUCCACCCCAGGAGCUACUAUCGCUGCACCCAUCAUACAUGCAACGUGAAGAAACAAAUCCAGCGACAUUCAAAAGAUGCAAGCAUCGUCGUGACAACAUAUGAGGGCAUUCACAACCAUCCUUGUGAACAAUUGAUGGAGAGCCUAAGCCCGCUACUGAGGCAAUUGCAAUUCCUCUCAAACUUCUAGACCCAAUCUAUCGUAUUAUGUUUUGAGCCUAAACGCAAGUGUACAGAGCACCUCAUGAAUAACUGCUUUAUGGCAAUAUUAAUGUUUGACAAUCAAGAAGACAAAGGAGAAAAAAAAGCAAAUGAUGACGAUUUAUGUAAACUAAAAACACAACUUUAUAUGAUCUUUUCGAACUGCAUGCCUUCUAUUUAUCACCACAAAAUCAGCAAAUUAAAA